AUGGGUUGUUCCACAUACUGGAGCGGAAAUGUCAAGCUGGGGGUCAGUGCACUGCAGGUUUCGGUAGGCCAUGCCUUUGCUGUUCCGGGGUGUGAUAUUCAGUGCAUGGUGCAGGACUCAGUGGUCAUUGAAGAUGUGGCUGUGGUCUUUACCCAGAAAGAGUGGGCUUUGCUGGAUCCUGCUCAGAGGAAACUCUACGGAGGUGUAAUGAUAGAAACCUUCAGAAACCUGGUCGCAGUAGUCUCUCGAAAUGUUAAUAUUGGAGGCGAGUCAUCCAGUGAACGUAUAAUGAUGCGAUUCAUGAAGAGUAAUACCUGGCCCUCCGUGUUAGGAGAAAUCUCUGAAUCAUGUGGCAGUAAAGAUCAGCAUAAAAACCAGGGGAGACAUUUGAGAAGUCAUACAGUAGAGAACCUCUGUGAAAAUAAUGAAGGCAAUCAGUUUGGGAAGACUUUCAGCCGAAUUCCAAAUCUUAAUGUGCUAAAAAGAAAUCCUCCAGAAGUAAUUCCUUUUAAAUCCUGUGAGUGUGGAAAAGACUUCAUGGAUCACUCUUCACAUAAUCGUCAUACCACAUCUCACACUGGAUGCAGUACCUGUCAGUGUAAGGAAUGUGAAGAAGGCUUCAGUCCCUCUUACCUAACUACUUCUUUGAGAACUCUUAAUGGAAAGAAACCCCAGAAAUAUAAGGUAUUUGGGGAAGACUUCAUUUGUGUCUCAACCCUGAAGAAUCCUGUGACAACACUCUCUGGUGAGAAAGGCUAUGAAUGUUACGAAUGUGGGAAAGAUACAACUUACAGUGGAGAGAGACCUUAUGACUGUAAGCAAUGUGGGAAAGCCUUUAGUUGUCCCUCCCACCUCAGUGUACAUCUGAAAACUCACAGUGGAGAGAAGCCCUAUGAAUGCAAGCAAUGUGGGAAAGCCUUUAGUCCGUCCUCAUAUCUCACUUCACAUAUACAAACUCACAGUGAAGAGAGGCCUUAUGAAUGUAAUCAAUGUGGGAAAACCUUUAGUCGGGCCACAUACCUCAGUGCACAUAGAAGAACUCACAGUGGAGAGAAACCUUACGAAUGUACGGAAUGUCGGAAAGCCUUUGGGGGGGCCUCAUCCCUCACUAAACAUAAAAGGAUUCAUACUGGAGUGUCACCUCAUGUAUGUAAGGAAUGUGGGAAAGCCUUUAGUUCUUCCCCACAGCUCACUUCGCAUAUAAGAACUUACAGUGAAGAGAAGCCUUAUGACUGUAAGCAAUGUGGGAAAGCCUACAAUUAUUCCUCAUCACUCACUUUGCAUAUGAGGACUCACAGUGGAGAGAGGCCUUAUGAAUGUAAGGAACGUGGGAAAGCCUUUAGGAGUUCCUCACAUUUCACUGUACAUAGAAGAAUUCACAAUUGA